UUGGCUCCUGAUCCCCCUCAGCAAAACCAAAAGCAAGAGCGGGCUGUACAGAGGAGCAACGGGACUUUCUUCUACCCAGAAGCAGUACUGCUCCUGGUCCAGCCAGUGCAACGUUUCUCAGGGUUUGAACAGCACAGGCAAAGGUUUUUUAGACAGCUCUCUCCUUCCCAGCAUGCUGGUCUUACUGUGCUAACUUGCUUUUUUCUUUUUUUGUUUUCCUUAUCUGUUGAAGGGGAUUUUGGAGGGUUAGAAGGAGGUGGGAGAGACUUUUUAUCCCUGGAAAAGAGGAGAGGAACAUCCAAGAUGACUUCCGUCCCCACAGCCAACUGGAGUGUGAACGCAAGCAGCAGGUGGGAUGUGAGCCUUGCCGAGUCGGGCAAUCUCUGGGGACAGGCACAGGGAGCACUGGCUGGAAAUGCUUCCCUCCCUGUAGCAUCCUCAGCAGCCAACUUCUCCAACCAGUUUGUGCAACCCUCUUGGCGCAUUGCCCUGUGGUCUCUGGCAUAUGGUGGGGUGGUGGCAGUGGCCGUCUUCGGAAAUGUCAUCGUCAUCUGGAUCAUCCUAGCUCACAAGCGCAUGAGGACAGUGACCAAUUACUUCCUGGUGAACCUGGCCUUCUCAGAUGCCUCCAUGGCUGCCUUUAAUACACUCAUCAACUUCAUCUAUGCACUGCAUAGUGAGUGGUACUUUGGAGAGGCUUACUGCCGCUUCCACAACUUCUUCCCCAUCACAGCUGUCUUUGCCAGCAUCUACUCCAUGACGGCGAUUGCAGUAGACAGGUACAUGGCUAUUAUUGAUCCCCUGAAACCCAGGCUCUCUGCAACUGCUACCAAGGUGGUCAUUGGAAGCAUAUGGAUUUUGGCUGUCCUGCUAGCCUUUCCCCAGUGCCUCUACUCCAUAACCAAGGUGAUGCCUGGGAGAACUCUUUGCUAUGUAGCAUGGCCAGGUGGUCCAAAACAGCAUUUUACGUAUCAUGUCAUUGUGAUUGUGCUGGUCUACUGCUUUCCACUGCUCGUCAUGGGCAUCACUUACAGCAUAGUGGGAAUUACCCUCUGGGGAGGAGAAAUCCCAGGCGACACAUCUGACAAAUACCAUGAGCAGCUCAAAGCUAAGAGAAAGGUGGUAAAAAUGAUGAUUGUGGUUGUGCUGACAUUUGCCAUCUGCUGGCUGCCAUACCACAUUUACUUCAUAGUUACUGGGAUCUAUCAACAAUUAAACCGGUGGAAAUAUAUUCAGCAAAUCUAUUUGGCAAGCUUUUGGCUUGCCAUGAGCUCUACAAUGUACAAUCCCAUUAUCUACUGCUGUCUUAAUAAGAGGUUCCGAGCUGGCUUCAAGCAAGCCUUCCGCUGGUGCCCCUUCAUUGAGGUGUCUAGCUACGAUGAGCUGGAGCUCAAAGCAGCCAGGUUUCAUCCCACUCGGCAAAGCAGCCUAUAUGCUGUGUCCAGAAUGGAGUCCAGCAUGACAGUAGUGUUUGACACUAGUGAUGGAGUUAAUUCCCAGGCCAACCGUAAGAAAAAAGCAGCUCCAAGGGAUGGGAGCUUCAGUGGCUGUUCAUGCAGGAAUUCCAAGACCACCUCUACAACCUCAAGUUUCACCAGUUCACCGUACAUAUCAGUAGAUGAUUAUUCCUAAGCAUUUCUUGGUGAUGGCUGCUAGAAGGGCAGCACUAGGCAUGAAAAAAAAUGCUAUUCCCCUUGGAACUACAUAUCCAUAUAACAGGAAAGCAAACAUAAUUCCACUGAUGAAUCCUAGCUAUAAAUGUCAUGACCCUUCUUGGCAUCACUUACUUUUCAUGUUUUGGAGAAAAAGAGAAACUUGAAGACAUCCGUAUGCAUCAGUCUGAAAGCAAAGUUGUAUCUUUUACAUAGCCACGUUUGUAGGGAUUAUUUAAAACAAGUCAACAGCAUGGAAAGCAUUGUCUCAGCUGGCCUGCAUCUGAUCUGUGGCAUGUCACUAUAGUCACACGUUUCAGCAUGAAACACCUUCACCAGAAAAAAGUAUUUGGGCUAUUCUUCCGAAUUGCUCCCUAGCUAGAUGCACGCAGAAAUACUGCUCUGUCUGCAUCUGAAGACUUGUCAGGCAUUACUAUGUAGACAGUUUCCUAAACCAGUUCAGUCAAACCGUCUAGUGUGACAUAUGUGGUGUUAGCAGCUGGAAAAGGCAAAGGUUCAGCCACAACACUUUAACAACAUCAGAUCAAGGAGCUAUUAUGCACGUUAUUUACAAAGACUGUGGACGACAGUAAUGACCGUUUUAGGGUUACAGAAAAACCAGUAGCCCUUUUACCUUGCUCUGCUGAAAUCAAAGCUGCGUGUCCAGGCACAGACAAGUAUCUACUACUGGAAUAAAAAGUUGUUGUUCUAAUUCGAUAAAGUUGCCAAACUACCAGUAAGACUUGAGAAUCAAAAUUUCAUCUCAGUUAUGUCACUGAAAGCUAGGAUAACCCCACUGACUGCUGUGGAGUUGAGAUUAAAACUAAUGAGACUGUGGCAGGACCCUGAUUCAAAGGCUAUCUUUGCAAAGCAAAAGCAUGUAACCCACUCAUUUCAGAGGUAUGAGUUAGCAAAGAGUUCAGUUAACCCAAAAGAUUUAGAAAAUGGAAUUAGUUCCAUUAA